CCUACUUGCAACUUGCUGUACUGGAACUGAUCGUUGGGACAUAUCGGCCAAAGAAGGAUUUCGUAUCUGAAUACGGCGGGGAUGAUCGAUUCUUUCCUCAUAUUUCGCCGUGACCUUUCGGAUUGCUGUGAAGCGAAGUAGCACACCUGUAUAAUGGUGCAAUUAUGAUUCAGCCUAGCAGGGGUUAUCGUAAUUCCGAAGAGCAACUGCAAAACGGUUUUUGGUGUUGUAUAUCAAGUUUUGAUUGCAUAAAUAUCGAAGGGGCAGCAUUUGUUUAAAGCUAUUUCUGCAAAAUAAGAAGAUAGACGUACCUUUUUAUCUCUUUGCUGUUGUUUGUUGUUAUCAUAGCGACAGUAUCUCUAUUCUCUCUAUCUUCACAAUUCUCAACUCGAAGUACUUCCGUUUUCAUCAAUCCACCACCGACCUCUACACCAACCUGAGACCGCACGAACUAUCACCUGCAACCUGAUGGCAGCAACUACCAUGCGGGCAAGGUCGUCCGGUGGCAUUUCACCGGGGCCGCGCUUGAUGUCAAUGUUCUCGCUUGUUGCCACGUUGCUCGCGAAGGCGAGUUUCGUCCUGGACACCGGGAGUGGGAGCCUGGUUGCCGCUCUAAGCAUUAAGGCUGUGAGGAGCAGGGAGGAACGGUUCCCGACACCACCUCCAUCCCCUAGAAACAAGUUAGACUUAGAGCGAUGUUUGAAAGAGUUGAAGGCGGGUUGGAGGUACGACAACUUCAAGAAGAAACAUGGCGAUGUGAGUCUCAGCAACAUGGAUAAGGAAGCGUUCAAGGAAAUGAUUGAGUUUCUGCAAGACGAGGAGCGUGAUACCCGCGGGAAACAGAGAUGGACGGACUCGGAAGUAGACGAGUUGGACAAGCAACGCAAACAUGGACAAAACAACGGCAGUGCCACCAGUGCGGGACCGAAAGAGCGUCGUCGGAGCAAGAGUCCGUUAGCUCGUCGCGUCGGGGAAGGCACAGCCGAUAGGCCACCGGCGGAACUGCAGGUGAAACGGGCAGAGGCCAGUGCUGCUAGCGGCAGUUUGGCCACCCGCAUUUCCUCCGCCGAAACGGGGCCAUCCCCAUCUGCAAAUUCGCCGGGUAGAAGCCGUUUGGGACCGCAUCCUGCUGCUUCCCGACGCCAGGCAGCCCGGCAUGCGGGCAAGGAACCCUGGCAUCUUAUCGGCGAAGAUUGGGAAGACGAUUGUGUGUUUGUAGAACAUCAACCAGAUCUUUCUCGUGAAGCUGAGCGCGUGCUCCAGGGAAGAUGACACGACUCUGAGCAUGACACGGGUAGCAACACUCUUUGGGUCCUGUAACUAACGCUCGGUGAGCUUUUAGACACAUCCCGCAGCUUGAUCCAUCGUUAUUACUUUAUUGAUGGGCCAGGGCCACAAGACGUUCAUCAUCUGCGGAACAAAUUAUGCGAAUGAACUCUAUUUCUGCCACGCUGUGCAAAAGCCUCUUUUUGCAGGUGCGUCUGGCGAAAUAAUAUAUUGCUUGUGACGACGCGGUUUGUAGUACGUGCCUGUUACAAGCAAAAACCGCCACGCAGCAUGCACACAACUCUUAAUCUAAUGAACCACACCCACAUACAUUCACAUAAACACACGAAGCAUAGGAGUUGUGAUGGCGAUAAUUAAUGGGAUUGCGUCAGUUAGUGUUUAUUUCUGUACUUCUGGUGCAUUGAGUCAUGGCGGAGUAAGUAACUUCUCUGCCAGAUGAAACAAAGAAGUAACUCGUGCCCGUGCAAAAGUUCUGAUGCAAAGUACGAAACAUUGAUGUCUUUUUGCGCAUGCACGUAGUAACACCGAACAACUUCAAUUUUGCGUUUGCGUUUUUAAAGUCAGCCAAACCACAUUAAGACGACCAGUAAAUUAAAAGCUGUGAUCCUCGUUUGUGUUGAAUUGAAGCAUAGCGGCUAAAUGAGUGACCUCCUGUACCCCCAAAAAACACCCCGCCCCCACCCCUCCUUGAGUAGGACCCCCUACAAAAAAGUCCGCGGUUUCUGGCACAAUUAGGUUGGGAGUUCUCCGACCAAGUAUUAAUUUUGUGCCCGAACGAACCGGCGGGAACCCAAAAGUAUAAUGUUCAGUGCAUGAACCGGAACUCCCUUCAAUGCAUCGACGAUAUGAACAUGAAAAACAAGAAUCAAAAACAAAAUUACACAACUACAAUGCCA